AUUUUGGUACACCCUGUUAACAUUGUACAGUACCACUUAUGCAUUUGUAACUUUAUUGUAUCCACCAUUGUAAAGUUGCAUACGAAACGCAGUCAUAUCGCAACUUCUAGUUAAAUGUGGUAAUCAUGAAAUGUUCCACUGUUUGGGUGUAUAAAGAUGGUAACUGAUGCAAAUGCGGUAUACAAACAGGCGACAUGAAUGUGACGUAGUAUUUCAGCGACUGGGGCAUGAGGCUGUCAAUAUGCUGCAAGAGCUGAGGAAUCAGUUUAGUUCUGGAGUUCUGCUCAUCACUGACACAGCCCUGCACAGUGGCAGAGAAUUACUGAACAGCUUCCUGGUGGCAAGUUUACAGAGAAAGGAAUUUGUCCAUGUCUUUGGGUAUGAGAUUUCUCAGAAAGAGUUUUCAUCGGGAUUUCCACCAGAAAUCUUAACCAGGCUGGCAUUCCAUGAUGGAUUUUCUGACCCUUUGAAUUGGAAUAAUGCCCAGGUAUCUCUCACACCCCUAGAUUUCAGUGUUGACAGAAUAUGGAAGCAUAUUGGAGAUGACAGCCACCCUGUGACUAUAGUCCUGGAUUCACUCAGUUGGCUACUUGCACAUUGCCCUCUUCCAUCUGUCUGCCACACUCUACGAAACUUGCCAAGGGGGCGGAAAGGUGCAGGAUCUCGUGCCGCACGUGUGAUAGCGCUGUUGCAUUCGGAUUUACAUACUCCUGGUGUGCUGCAUUCAGUGCGUCUCCUGGCAGACACAGUGAUUAAUGUAACAGAAAACGGAGAACAUAACAAGGUUACAGUAACACACCAAAAGAAGUCAGGGAAGGUUGUCACUACCGGGGAAGACGUUCGAAUACAAGAUGGCUUCACUUUAGAAAUAAUCAAAGCGCAAGAAACAGAACAAAAGAGGAGAGAGCAGGUGGAGUCCAAAAUGAAUCUGACUUUUAAUCCUCAUUUAUCUGACUUUGAACGAGAACUGAAAGAAUCUGCAACUCUGCCGUACACCUUCAGUGACAGCAAGUAAGGAUAAUUCUAUACAGAAAAUCUUAUAGGCUGUUAAAUCCUUCUCAUGAUCCUUUCCUCCACAACAAAAUCAUUUUUACCAAACAAAUAUUUACUAUUAUCCUAUAAAACCCACACAAUGAGUUAAACACUUCUAACACAAGGUUACUUGUUCCAAUUCUGCCUCUGAUGGGAACAACUUUAAUGGGUCUUC